CCGGCGGCGGCCCGUUCCCAUGAUGGUACCCUUGGACCCCAUGGGACCGGCCGUGGUGAACGGUGGCGGGGGGCCCGGGGCUGGUGGCGGUCGUGGUGGCGGAAAUGACGUGCCGUUGGGCUCCGGCGGGGGCAUUAAUACCAUCAGUAUUGCAACAGUUGGCGCGAACGCAUCACUCCGGCGGAGGGCAGACGAUGACUACAGGAACACACUGAUGAGAACUACCACCGUGCGCAAGUAUGCUGAGGAGGAUACCAACGGGGAAGCUUCAACAUGCGGCCGGAUCCUCAUCUUUCUGUCCUGGGUCCUGGUGGUGCUAACGAUGCCCUUCAGCCUGCUGGUGUGCUUCAAGGUCGUCCAGGAGUACGAGCGCGCCGUAAUAUUCCGUCUCGGUCGUUUGAUGCAGGGCGGUGCCAAAGGCCCCGGUAUAUUCUUCAUCCUGCCCUGCAUUGAUGCCUACGCACGUGUCGAUCUGCGUACCAGAACUUAUGACGUCCCACCGCAGGAAGUUCUCACCAAGGACAGCGUGACGGUGUCGGUGGACGCCGUCGUGUACUACCGGGUUUCGAACGCGACCGUCUCGAUUGCGAACGUCGAAAAUGCCCACCACUCGACCCGGCUGCUGGCCCAGACCACGCUCCGGAACACGAUGGGAACGCGCCACCUGCACGAAAUCCUCAGUGAGCGGAUGACCAUCUCUGGCAGCAUGCAGCUGUCGCUGGACGAGGCCACCGAGGCGUGGGGCAUCAAGGUGGAGCGGGUUGAAAUCAAGGACGUCCGCCUGCCCGUCCAGCUGCAGCGUGCCAUGGCCGCCGAGGCGGAAGCCGCCCGUGAGGCCCGCGCCAAGGUGAUCGCCGCCGAGGGUGAGCAGAAAGCGUCCCGGGCCCUCCGGGAGGCGUCGGAGGUAAUCGGCGACUCGCCGGCGGCCCUACAGCUGCGUUACCUCCAGACCCUGAACACCAUCUCGGCGGAGAAGAACUCCACCAUCGUGUUCCCGCUGCCAAUCGACAUUCUGACCUACUUUAUGAAAUCGAAGGAAACGUACGCGGCGUCCCACUCGUAAGUCGAGGGGACGUCCACGUCACCGGCGCCUCAGCCGCCACCGCCACCGUCGAAGCCGUCCCAGCGAAGAACGCCCCUUUCUUUCUUUUCGCCGGGAUUUGACCCUGCGGCGGAGGCGGCGGCGGCGGCGACUGCGACGGCAGCAGCGGCAGGAGCUGGUUUUGGCCAGCAGCGAAAGCGGCGAAAACUGCUAAUAACCUACGGAGGCAAAGGAAGGAAAAUGAUGACGACGACGGCGGCGAGGAAAAUGCAAUAGACCUAGGACGAAGACGACGAGAACGGAGUAGAAGAAGACGACGACGAGAACGCAGUUUUUCCUUUGCUCUCGAAUAUACGGGCACCACCCCGCGGGCCGUAUCGACGAACCGAAUGCCGCUGACCAUGAGGUAGCAGUUCCCUUCGCAGUACUCGACAAACACCAGCAGCAGCUUGAGGGCCGUCUUGACGACCAGCCGGUACUUGGACGCAAUCAGCGAG